UAUUCCACGUAAGCAAAAGAAUUAUGUUAAUCUGUUUCGAGUCUCCACUUCUCAAAAGUCAAACUCUUUGACUGAAGAAUAAAUCAACGGCCAGAAAUGUCUCUAGUCUCUCAUCAAUCAUCACUACCGUCCAUUUCUCAUUUCAAAAUUUCAAAAUUCCUAUAAAGCCCAAAGGGUAUUCUCGUCAUUUAACAUUCUCUAGCCGCGAAGAAACUGAAACUUCAACCGUUUGAAAAGCUUCUUCUUCUUCUUCUUCAGUAACAAACUCCAACUUCCUAAAAUCUGUUAAAAAUCUCAGAGUUUUUUCGAUUUUUUUGAAGAGCUAAAUAUGAAAAUGGCUACAGAGAAGAUGAAGAAGGGAGUGUCGAAUAUCUAUGAGUUUCAUAGUUUUCUUGAUCCGGGAUGUCCGAUUACGCCAAUGGGUCCGUUUCGUGAUAAUAUUCGGUAUUUUCUUCAGGAAUGUGCUGAGGUUAAGGAGUAUACAGUUGAAGGAAUGCCAAUUUGGUGUACGUUUUUGGUGCAUAAGAGUAAAGGUGUGCUGAUUCCUCUUUACACCAUUGAAGAGAAUGUGAAGAGCUCUGUUAGAACUUUCUGUGAUCACUGUAGAUGUGCUGGUUGGAGUCAUCAUCUUGUUUCGAAGAGGAAAUACCAUUUGAUUAUACCAGCUGAUAGUGAAUGGAAAAAGCAUCUUGAUGAUGGUGUUUUUGAUGAUCAAACACACAUUUUGCAUGGUUUGAUUCAUUCUAAUGGAUUUGGGCAUUUGAUUUCACUUAAUGGAAUUGAGGGUGGAUCGAAAUAUCUCUGUGGACGUGAAGUAAUGGAUCUCUGGGAACGUAUUUGCACGAGUUUUCGAGCUCGGAAAAUCACUGUUGAAGAUGUAUCCAGGAAGCAUAUGAUGGAUUUGCGCUUGUUGUAUGGGGUUGCUUAUGGGCAUACAUGGUUUGGCCGGUGGGGUUACAAGUUUAGCCAUGGAAGUUUUGGGAUAAUGGAACACCACUAUGAAAAAGCUAUUGAAAUGUUAAGCUCAAUUGAGCUUGAUCAGGUGAUUGAUGAUUUCAGAUACAUCAGUAGAUCCAAUGUUAUGAAGCAGGUGAUUGCUUGUUAUAGAGGUUUGAGCAACACUCCUUUGAUCACGGUCCGUGACCUCUUCAGGUUCAUCCUUGUUGUCAAGUCCUGCAAUUCAGUUAAGGAGAAGCCAAAUGUUACUGCUCCUGUUUUACGAGCAUGUUCUGCACGAUACUUGAUAAGAAAUGCUGCACCAAACAAGUCUGUGGGGAAGGAAAAAUCAGUGAGGUAUAGAAAGUUUUCAAACGUUGCAGCAUCUCUUGACAGUAGAUGGCCAGUGAGGAGACUUGAGUUCACUGCAGAUGUGAUUGUUGAGGCGUUGAGAGAAAAAAGAGAAGCAAUCAGAUUUGGAAGUUGUGGGAUGAGUAGGCAAGAGGCGAGGGAUGCUGCUCGUCUCCACAUUGGCGAUACAGGAUUGAUUGACUACGUGCUGAAAUCAAUGAACAAUGUGAUUAUUGGAGGCUAUGUAGUUCGUCGUGCAGUGAACCGAGCCACGAGGGUGUUGGAGUACACGAUUCAGGAACUUCGGAAUUGUGAUCAGCCUGAACAAGAAAAGCUCCCCGAGCCAUUUCAGGACUACAAUGUUAAUCCUGGAGCUGAUGCGUACACUGAUGUUCUGUGCUUGUAUAAUAAUCUUCUUUUGAGCUUCGCGGAAUCUGAUGAGUUAAGCCUGGCUGUUAGGAUAGUAUUGGACAGUAAGCAAUUUUUGAAGGAAUGGCCAUUUAGUGAUGAUCCAAAUGACAGCUUGUUGAGGUUCAUUUGUUGCAUUUUGCCUAAUUCUAAUGGUUUGGAAGCUGUAUUUACAAAGGGAUAUCCCCCAGGAGAGGUGGUUGAAGUUCCGCUACACUCAACAAUUGGUGAUCUAAAGAUAGCAGUUGAGUCUGCAAUGAGGGACACUUAUUGCAUUAUGGACAAUUUGAUGAUAACAGAUAUUGUAGGGAUGGAACAACUGGAAGAUUAUGAAGUGCUCUUUGGCAUCGUCCAGUCUGGCUCAGAACUUUGGGUGAGGGGCUUCGGGUUGGAUUUGGACAGCGAGUUGAAAAAUGAAGGAGGGUCUGAUAACUGGACAGUGAACUGUAGGUGUGGUGCUCGGGAUGAUGAUGGUGAAAGGAUGGUUUCAUGUGAUAUAUGUGAGAUAUGGCAGCAUACUCGCUGCUGUGGCAUAGAAGAUUCUGAGGUUGUGCCACCAUUGUUUGUGUGUGAGGCUUGCUGCACUUCACUUGCACCACCAAGAGCACAGAACAGCUUUGAGUUUGGUCAUUAUGGGACUGCUGCAGCACUAGUGCCUUGUGCUUCUCACUUUGGCAUGGACCUGAUAUACUGAACUUUUAGGGGCAGAUCACUGAUGUCAAGAUUUGUAUAGACAUCAAAAGGAUAGUUAUACUAGUCAUAUACUUGUGCAGUUUCUCUGUAUUCUUUUGUAUUGUUACACGUGUAACUCGAUUCUUUCAAAGACAAACACAAUAACAAAUGAUGAUCCAUAUAUUCUGCGCGUCCCCCUGCUUCUUUACACUUCCCUUUCAGAACUUAUUGUUCAUUUAUCUGUUUGAUGUACAUGUAUGAUGACUACAACAGUUAAAAUACUAGCAUUGAAAAUCUAGUUGUGAAUGUUUGAUGG